AUGUUUUUGCAACGCUCCGCCCUUACUGCGGCUCGCCGCGUCGCCGCCCGACCUGCUGCCGCUCGCACCUUCGCUACCUCUUUCGUCCGCCUGUUUUUUGCUUCACCAACAGGAGAUGCUGCCCGUCCUGCCACCCCCAGCGAUCAGGCCGCUGCUCUCGCUGGUUCCGCCGAGAAGAAGGUUGGCUCCUACAAGGUUCUGAAGGAGGUCAAGGGCGAGGACGACCUCUUCGGUCCCGGUGCCGCCCCCGGUACCGUCCCUACCGAUCUCGAGCAGUCUACCGGUCUCGAGCGUCUGGAGAUUCUCGGUAAGAUGGAGGGUGUCGACAUCUUCGACAUGCGCCCUCUCGACGCUACCCGCCUGGGAACGAUGGAGAACCCUAUUAUGGUCCGAUCUGCUGGUGAAGAGCAGUUCGCUGGUUGCACUGGCUUCCCCGCCGACUCUCACGGUGUCUGGUGGCUCGGCAUCACCCGCGAGCGCCCCAUCGAGCGUUGCCCCGAGUGCGGCAGCGUCUACAAGAUGGACUACGUUGGUCCCGAGGACGAUCACCACCACCACCACCCUCCGGAGUACCCCGAGCCCAAGACCUUCGCCGAUUACGUCAAGCCCGAGUACCGCUACAAAUAA